AUGGCGCAGGACAGCGCUAACGACAUCAGCUCGAGGCGACUGUUGGCAUCGACGGAAGCGGGCGUACGUCCGACAAUAACGACAGCAUUAAGAGGUAUGUUAUAAACCACCACGCGAUCCGUGUUACGAACCAUUGCGCAUGCAAGUGGUGAUCAAGCGCAUAGCGGCCGCACGGCCCCCGCGUACGGCGGCACGUCGUUAUAAAACAGUUACCCAGAGUUCUACCGUCAAAAUUAACAGUAUGGUAAUAAAUAUAUUUAGUUGUAACGUAGAUAUUUCUUUUUCUUUCGUUUUUUUUUUUUUUAAGCUAAUCAAAUACAUCCAAUUGUAACUCGGUGUUUGCCUCUUUAUUUAAACCAAAACCCAAAAUCAUAAUCGGUAAACACUUACCGCUCUUGGAACAGCGUAUUUAGAAUACGCAUCUGAAUACCCGUAUCCGGGGUAAAACACUACUGCGACAACCGGCAGACGGCUCGUGACAGCUCGCCGACAACCCGACCCGCGGUAAAGACUAACCCGAGGAAUCAGUGGCCGUCGGAUCUAACCGUGGUCACAGCAUGUAGGACGGGCCGUGAAUGAUCCCCGACCCCAGCAGCGGAAGAGUGGAUUUUCCCGACAAAACUGUCGUGACUUUGUUAGGUUCGCGGGCCCAGGCGAUACACGUGAGGGCAGUUGAGAAAAAACACGGUCGACCGGAUUGGACGGGUCGAGCCCGACAGUCAGAAUGACGGACGGGCGUACGAUAAAAUCGGUGGGCAAGUGCCGAAUUACAGCGCAAAUUAUCGACGGUGUCAUCGACACUGAGUUUGUUCAUAAGGAUAAAAUAACGUGUAUUGAUACAUUCAUAGAUCGUGCGUUCCGAAAUGAAAUACUGUUUCCUACGUUCUUGUCUUUCGUUCGUAGGUGCCAUUCUUUUAUCACUGUGUACACGGUGAUCGAUUCUCAAUGAGACACUCGGGUGUACUUUCCGAGAAUUCGUCACUCUGUUUAUUGUCCUCCUAAAACAGCGGUGCGCCUGUCAGCAGCAGCGAGCAUCGGGAUUUUUUUACUGUUUUAUUUUUUAGUCGAAAUGACAAUUGUCAUCGUCUGUUCGUGAUCCAUUUAAUUCAAAUCGCGUCCCGUUUGCGCGUUUUGGACGGACGAACGGACGAACGCGAGUAUGAUUUUUCGAUAGCACCCGUCAAUUUCGAGGACUGGGCGUAUCAUACCGUGCUAUUGCGUCGCUAUUACAAUAUUGUGCGACCGCCGCGUGCGCCGUUUUGUUUAUUUAUGCAUAUUGUAUUAUGUUUUUACACGUACACGAAUAUAUACAUACAUUCAUGUGCACGUAGCCUGUAAGUUGUGCUCGGGAGUGCACGCGACUCGGCACACGCGAUCGCCGGGGUCGCGCGCAACGGCACCGUCGUAUACACACGGCGAUUGAUCGGCCCUCGCGCGUUCGUCGAAUCGCAUUUGGCCGCAGAGUGCCGGUCGAUUUGGUAGCAUACGCGCGGCCGCGCCACGACCACGCGUCGAUAGAUAUCGCGCGCGAUUUCCGUCGGAAGUUUUCGAGAUCCUGCGCCGGCACCACAAAAGUGCGGCGGCUGUAACAGCCGUACUGUUUCACCGCCCCGUCGACUCUGUUUCUCCGCGGCGGGACAUCACUCGGACGUCCCCGUGAGUACGUCCGCGCGUCAACUGUUCGCAAAGACAACGGCGGAACUGUAAACGAAAUUUAGAAUAGAAAAAAAAAAAAACCCGCACACGCGUGCCCGGGAAUACGUAAGUAUACAAUAUUGUACUACCUAUAAUACAAUUAUACAUGAAUAUACAAAAAGACGAAAAACACUGAUUGGGGGGAGGGGGUGGGGGGGUAGUACCACUGUUUUAACAGAGAAGUAAGAAAGGAGAAUUCAAUUUACACGUGUACGCAAUGACAAACUGUUGUUUACGAAAAACGAUUCUGAGCCGAGUAUUAUCGGUCGUGUUUCCCCCCCCCCUCGUUGCCAAGGCAAAUAAUACAGAAAUCAACAAAAAAUUACCAGUCUUGCGCAUUAAGGAAAUUCUAAACUCAUAUCACUCUGUUUAACUAAAAAUAACCUCCUCAGAGCACCAACUAGAUCAAACAUUCUAAAAGAAAGUUCGUAUAAAGCAGCGGUUCUCAAACAUUUUUUUCGCGUACCAUUCAUGUGUAUUAUUAAAAAGUUGCGUGCCACUAAUGAAUAAAAAUAGAAAUAUUCUUUCAAAAAAUAAUGCAGUAAAAUAAUACUGUAUAAUUCUUUAUUUAUUACUAAAAAUGUAUUAUUUAUCUUUAUAUUAAAUCAUAUCUAUUAAUAAACAAAUUAUAUAAGUUACAAAUAUUCAAUGUGAACCAUGAAUUUGUUAGUUUGACAUUAAUAAUGAAUUGUCUACAAAAGUCCGUAUAAUUUUACAAAAAUCACGAUGGCUGCGUAAAUCGUGCAAGAAUGACAGCGGAACGACAAUUGACUAAUGACUAUCGAAUAUCGAUACGACGAUACCUAAUAUUUCACAGAUAACUAGAUAAGAUGAUUAAAUUCAUUACACGUAUAUAAAAUAAUCAGAAAUUAUCUGCGUACGUACACUGUGUGUGUGUGUGUGUGUGUGUGUGUCAACGAUUAUAGUUUAUUGACGUAUUUUCCGCGAUUCGAAAUAAUAAAAAAAAUGUACAACGUAUUUUAUUUGUUAUAUAUUUAUUUUCCGUUUUAGCGCCAUGUGACCUUCCUCUCGAUUAACACCUUGUAGGCCUCCGCGUACCACAGUUUAAGAAAUCCCAGUAUAAAGUUUUUGAUUGGAGUAAGAUUUUCAAUAUAAAAUAUUUGUUUACAGACACAAACAAAUAAAUAAAUAGACUGGACCAUUUUUAAAUUUACUCAAAGGUUACUUUAAAAUAUCGUCAAACAUAUACCUAUAAAUUAUAUUUUAUCGGACUAUUAUAUUUAUUACGAUAAUAGGUAAUUGAUUAAACACAAUUUCUUUAAAAUGUAUGGUAGCGAAGUAUGAACAUUACCCAAUUCCAAACAAAAUCAACCUCUUGUUUUCGAAAAGGAAAUAGAAAAAUAUUUGGACCAUGCCGGAAUAAAAGUACGAGAAAAUGCAGGAGAACUGUUUAGCUGUUUAGCUGUAUAUUAUCAGAAUACUCAGAUAUUUCAAAAUUCUGAUACAAAUUAUUUCGAAUAUCCAUAAACCUGGUGUAUUCGGAUAUUCAUACUAUUCGGGUAUUAUAGUACGUAAUAUACGUAUGUAUCUACUAUGUAAAUAUUUUUGUUAAUCAAAUAUUCAUAAAAUAUAAUCAAAAAUAAUUAGGUCAUAAAUUAUUACGCAAACAUUAAAAGAAAUAUUGAAUCCACACAAAUCAUGUUAAGAACUAACAAUAUAUAUUAUUUAAUUAAGAUCUAGUCCCAUACAAUUAUAUCAUAAAUCAAAAUAAAAAUAAAUAUUUGAAAAACUUUGAAAGUACAGAAAUCCGAGUUUUAAAAGUAUUCGGAUAUUACAAAUAUUCGAGUUUGAAUACUUAAAAAAAUUCGAAUAUGUGACCCAAAAAUCAUAACACUAGUUCCUGUAUAUUCGUAAGGUAUACAAAAAUUUAAAAAGAUACUUAAGUAUAGUCUCAAACAUUUCUAUUCGAAUAAUUUCUAAUUCUAGUAUCUUUAAAUCUAACGCUUGACAGCCAUCAUAUACUAAGAAGGAAAAUUGUAUUGAUUAAUCUAUUAGGACCCACCAUUACGUGGUCUGUUCUAAAACUAUAUUCCAGGAUAGAACUAGAACUAGAAAUACACCCAACGAAGACCUUUUUUUAUUAUUAUGUGUAGAUAUAUUAUAGCUAAUCCUCGCUACGGUACUGUACAGAUGCGGCCCGUAAAAAUUUUUUAAAAAAAUAAUAUUUAAAUAAUAAAAACUCUGGUUAAUAAUAACCAACAAUGGUUGGUCUCUUCGCUCACUCCUACUGUCUCGAUACUCGUAAACUGUUAACCCUUUUCACUUGUACUUAUUCUACAUUUUAUUUUACAGGUUGUACAAAAAUACUUAAAUAAAAAACAAAAAAAAAACAAAAUAUUAAAAUUGUAAUUAUAAGUACCAACCUAAAAGUGUAUUGUUAAAAAUUUGUUGUUAUUAUUACGUGACAAGAUAGUAAGCAUUUCUAUUUAUUUUGUUAUUUAUUUUUGUUAUACACAAUUAAACAAAUUUAACUUUAAGACUGCAAAAUUCUAGUUUGUUUAUAAUAUGAAUUAUUUUUAAUUACUAUUUACCAAUUAUCGCGUAGCGAUAAUAAUUAUGUACGUAUAUUGUAUAGGUAUAGCUGCUUUUAAUUAAUACAUACAAAUAAUAUGAAAACGUUCAACCGCACAUUAAAAUAAUUUUGUUAGGUGAUUCGCAAUUGCUACACGGGGAUCACAAACUAUAAUUUUAUCGUACGGUUAAAUUAGUGGAUGUUACAUAAAUUAUAGUCUCUCCAUAACAUUAAAUCAUUGAAUUGAUAACACAAUUUUAAUAAAAAUAGUCGAAAAAGUCGGCCACAUAAUUCGCUCCACCAGUAGGCCACUCACUGUUGUACAUGGGAAGUUUAGAAGGUUAUUACUUAUAAGACAGGAAUAUAUUUUAGUUUAUAUACUGAAAGCAACGAUACGUAGUUGCAAUUAAAAGACGAUUCUAAGGUAAACUGAUUAGUUUAUAUAGUAUUAGUCGGGUUUUUUCUCUUAUAAUAUAGUAUUAAAGGUAAAGUUGGAAAUUAACGAAAAUGAAACCAAUAUAUUUUGCUAUCAAAUUUUAAUUUAUUAGUAAAACUUUAGGAAAUCAAGAAUUCUUUCUGAAUUUAGAUACCGCUGGAAGGAAAUUAUGUAUCUUUUAAGAUACUGCAUGAAAAAAUAAAAGCAUUUUACUCACUAUAAUAAUGUUUAAAACAAAAAAACAUAAAUAAAAAACAAUUUUAAAAUCUAAAUAUAUUAAAGUACGGAAUAAAAAAUUGUAGCAAUUUCACUAAUUAAUAAGUGUUUUCCGAGAUAAAACAUCGUGAUAAUCACACGCAACACUCAUAGUUUAAACAUUAUAGAUUUUAAUACCAGCCGAUCCACAUGGCUUUGUCCGUAACAAAGAUCUACUAUACGCCCUACCUCUAUCUCGGUCUUUUAUUCUUUCUCCUUUUUAAUCUUUUUUUAAAAGAGCACUUUAUUAUACCCCUGAAAACUAAUGAAAUACAAAUUAUAAUUUUGUUUUCAUCCGUUUUUACAGAGGUAACUCUGAAAUAAACAAAAAAAACAUUCAAUGUUUGUAUUUUAUGAACCAAAUUCAUUAGAACGGUGGAUUUUCAAAAAUUCCUUCUAAGCUCUUAUAAGUGCAUAUAGGGGGUUCUAAGGAGUGCUUAUCACCCCCAGGCUUCAAAUUAGCAUCCCAGUUUCUCUAAGUAGCUUAUUUCACUAUUUAACCAAUCAUUUAUAAAUUAUUGUGGUUUACUGGUUCGGAUUAAAUAUUUUUUUUUCCAUUAGGUACAAAUAGUUCACGAAUCCACGAAAUUAUAUUGCAAAAAUUUGCAAUAUCAAAUAGAAAAUUAAAUUUUAAUAUUUAACAUUAAUUAGUAUUAUUAUAGAUUGGUUUUACAAUGAUAUAUUUUUUUUUCAGUGAACAACUUUUCUUCCUGCAAUUUUGCUCCAAAUUAAAAUGAUAGCACUUUUUUUUAAAGAAAUUCGGAAUAAGAAGGUCAUUUUUUGAUUUUCCCAGGAGUUUUCCCAAUAAAUGGGGAAAAUAUGGUAAAAACCGAAAAGAAAGGGAAAGUAGGUACAAUAUUAAACAAAUAUUAUUGAGGAAAAGUCAUUUUUUGAUUUUCAAGUUAAUUUCAUAAUAAUUGGUAAUAACUGAGAUAAAUAUCGGAAAAAAACGGGAAAAUGUAAGAAAAUAAUGCUUUUAUAAUUCAGUUAAACAUAUUAAUAUUGAAAUUUGAACAGUAAACUUAUAUUUGCUUUUUUUUAGAAAUGGUAAAAUUGUAAAAACAGUUUGAGCCAUAUUUCAGCUAUAUUAUCUAUAUAGCUAUCUAUUUACAAACAUUUUAAUUUGGUAGAUACUCUUUGGAUAAAAUAUUUAGACUAAACAGAUAUGCUUGAAAAUUGAACAGGAGGUUAAUUAUUAUAAGUCGUACUUUAUGGUCAAAACAAAACAAAUUAAAUUGAAUUUAAUAUAUUUUUUAUAAGUAUUUUUAUAUCAAAUUUUGACGAAAAUUGUUUCAAUAUAUAUUUAUUUUACUAUAAUAUGGCAUAUAUUAUAAUGUUGACAAAGCAAUACUAUUAACUGAGCUCCGAUAUUCCGCUCGUUUUUCGUUAGCAGUGAUUAAUCUUUAAUUACAGACAUACAUAGAAUUUCCCCUCUAUAUCCCACGUAUCUUCCCAACUUCUCAUCUACAACAGUGGUUCAUCCAUGGUGCGAAGUAUGUCCGUUUUUUUUUUUAAUAUUUUGAAUAGAUAAUAAAUUAUGUAAACGAUCUAAAUUUGUAAUAACUAUACAGUUUAGUUAUUUAAUAUAAAUAAACAUAAUAGCGAUUAUAUUAACAUUUAUAACAUUUCAACUUUAUAAUAUUAUUAGUAUUAUUAAAUUGUCUAUACUAAUUUUUUUGAUUUAUUAUAUUUUAUAUACAAAUUUAAAAUUAUUUCUAUGUAGUUUAUUGUAAUAUUAAGGGGGUUUGGCAGGGCGAACCCCUUCACGGAUAUGCGUGCCAUAAAUUAUUCUAGCAUACCCUAAAUUCACACCCAAUGUACACAUAUGUGCUUACUUACAUUAUAAAAAGGAACUAAAGUGUAAUAUUGUACAAAAUGUCAAGUCUCUGGAUCCAGUGGUUCGGACUGUACAAUAGAGUUGAGCGUAUAUUUGUAUGUCCUGCUCUGUCUCCGAUUCGUCCCAAUUUUGGUCAAUAUUUUUAACUCCAGCCCAUACCCCGCGAUUAAAAUCUCGGAUAACUGGAACCCGAUACUGUUAUAAUUAAUAAAAUCCAAAUCCAAACAAAUUUAAAAAUAUAAUUAUUUUAAAAUAUUUGUAUAGUAAUCAAUUUUAUGAUUAUGUUACCUAUUUAUGGUUUAACUGGUUGAUUUUUGUAUUUUAUCGAUUAUUAAUUAAGGGAAAUAAUGUUGACAAAUAAAUGUACAAUUUAGGAUUCAUUUAUGAGAAUAUUUAUGGGUACAUCACUGAAUCACAUGAACGAGUAUUCCGUUUGGCAUUUUUGUUCGUACACAUAAAUAUAAAAUAAUAUAAUCGAAUAACUUUUUAAUAACGAAACACCCUGUUAUUGCUGGCAGAUUUUUCGAUUUCGUAGCCACAUCAAUAAUUUAAAAAUUUAAUCGUGUUUCUAUACAUUAAGCAUUGCCACAUUGCCUUUGACCGAAAUACAAUUUACAAAACAAAAUAUUAAAAACUUUGUACGUUACCCUUUUAUCUUUGAGCUGAAUUUCAUAUUUAAUGCAAUAAAAUACAAAUACAUGGACUUUGCAGUUAGGGAAGAGUUAGUUUUAAAAGAAUAUGAACCACAGGAUCUAUCUACGACUAAAAUAAAAGUUAUUUUAAAAUUAUAUUUUGGGAAUGUUGCCUAUAUACAAACAUCAUAACUAACAAAUUCAUGACGAAAUAAAAAGAAGUUUUAUUUAACUUGAGUGUUAAUGUUUAUACCCAGACCAACUACCUAUAUUUAUUUCUCAAAAUUAAUUAUUCUAUUUGAAUAAUUACUAUCGACUUUUACAGAUUGGGAUAAUGAAUUUAACAGAUCAAUUGUGUUUUGACGUUUUUUGAAAUGUUGAUAACAUAUUUAUUUUACAUUUUUGAUCAGAAGAAAUUGUUUAUAAAUGCCAGAAAAUAUUGUAAGUGCAAAUUAUAUGGCCAGUGAAUUUAUUGACCAAACAUUCUCAUCAAAAUUUACACUACACAUACAGUGUCUCACAAAGAUAUACCCAUUAUGAUAUCUCCGAAGAUAAUAAAGAUGAUCAAAUUCUGUUGUUUUUAUAUUACUCAUAGUAAUAAGGACUACAAAUAUUUAUAUUGCUAUUAAUUUUGUUAUGCUUUGAUAAAAAACUUAAAAAAAUUACUUUUUAUUGUAUUAUUGUUGAAACGUUUAAAGAUAGCCAUUUUAUAGUUUAUUUUUCUGAACAUUUUGAUGCUUCAACUUUUUAUUUUCAUUAAAUUCGUAAAAUUUUUAAUCAUUUUUUAAAGUUCAGAGAAAAGUACCAACCUAUAAUUAGGUUCGCUGCCUAACUGAUAGAGGACCAGAAAUUGUAUUAUAUGUAUGUAAAAUAACUAAAAUUAUGGAAGUUCUAUUUUGUUUAUUGUAUAUGUGCAUUUAAAAUGAUACUGAUACUGAAUAUUGUCAUCAACAGUGUUACUGCAUAUAGUGCAUUUUAAACCCACCCAUAUUAAAUAGAUUUAAGUAAGUAUAAUAUAUUUAAACAGGUUAAAUACAUUUAAUUAUUAAAUAUUUAAUAAUACUUUAUAUUAUAUUUAAAUUAUCGUUAAUUAUGCCAAACCAUUAUAAGAAUAAUAAAAACAGGGCGAAAAACUCAAUAAAUAUACAAUAAUUUGUGUGUCAUAUCAGAGUAACUCAGUGGAGAAUUACUGUUUUCAGAAAAUUGAUGAGGUCAGUCACAAUGUCAAUUUUGCCAAUCUAUUUAAAACAUUUUUUUUAAAUUGUACGGUUUAUUCAUAACUGCCGACCGAUCUCUCCUAAAGUUUCAUAGUACCAUAUUUUGAUAUUUCAUAUUUCGUAUUUUUCCAUAGCCGUAUUUUCUCAAUAACCGAUAAAUAUCUAAUACCGAUGUGGCCAUACAUAAAUAAGUUAUAGUAUUAUAUCAAUUAAAUUUACCAUCUAUACAUCUAUAAUACUUUUCACUUUUUAUUGUUACCUACCUGACGUAGUUUUGCACAACAAAUCUAGGUUUGUUUUCGAUUAAACCCUGAGUCCCUAUUUCCACCUAUAAUGCUUUUUCAAUUUUCAAUUUUCAAUGCUAAUUACUCGACGUGGUUUUGCACAAGACCAGUUAUCAUAAAUACAGUUUAGUUUUUUUUUAAAUUUCUUUAUUAAAACUUAUUAAAACUGUUUAUAAUUUGUAGUAAUAAAAGUGCAUAAUGUUUAAUUCUGUAAUAGAAAUCACUGAUAUAAUUCAAUAUAUUGGUGAUUUUAAAAGACCUUUUGUCAAAGGUUUAGAAAUAAUUAAAUGCAAAUUAAACAUAUUAUUAAAAUAGGUUUAAAAGGAAAAACGACGUCCUAGGAUAAUAAGGACGGGUGUAACUACUGUUAUUGAUAAUUUAAUGUAUAACUGUAAGCAACGAUAAACCAUGGCUAACAAAAAAGGAUUUUGAGUGGAGUUUAGAUAAUAGAAUGCUUUAUCAACAAUAUAUAUGUCAUAUUAUAGUAAAAUAAUUAAAUAGGCUUUAUAUAUAUCUUCUUUAAUAAUAUUUGUUUAAUAUUGUACUGAUUUUUCCGGUUUUCCCAUGUUUUUCUUGGUUUUCACAUUUGCUGGGAAAAUUUGGGAAAAUCAAAAAGUAAUCUCGAAUUCAAAAAAGGUGUUACAUUUAAAAUUCAGAGCAAUAUUUCUGGUAGAAAAGUUGCGCACAGAUAAAAAAAAACAAUAAUAAAAAAUAAACAUCUUUGUAAAACCAUAAGCUUCUUCGGUCCACUUAGAAUCUAAAAUGAUAUAUAAUCAUUAAGAUUUUAAAACUAUGUUUGCAAACCAGUGACCUUUAAGGUGAACCUCACGAAGUAGGUACCUUUUAAACACUUUAACUAUUGUUUAUUAUAUAUUAUGCAAGUUUAAUGCAAGUUAGUAUUUAAUUUAUGCAUUUUGAUUAUCCAUUUAGCUAGAAUAAUAAUUAUGGUCAUUCAUAAUAUCAACAAAUAAAGCUACAUAUUUUAUGAUUAUUACAACGAAACGAGAUUAUUACAAAAAAAUUCAGAAGUCACUACUCAGUAGUAAAUGUCUCAAUAUAAUAUUAUAAUGUAAUCAAACGUACAUGUUCCUGAUUAGAGCAGUUCUAAUAAAUCCACCAGGUAGCGGCUCUUUCGUUUUCAAUCGCGAAUAAAGUAAAUAUUUAUAGACGACAUUCUAAAUAAAAAUUGAUGAGCAAAUACUCUUUUUGUCAGUGUCACCAUUUCACCAAAAUUGAAUACUGUAACUGUUGUUACUGUUGAAUACUGUUACUGUAACAUAUUCUGUAUACAAUAAUAAUUAUAUAUAUUUAUUUAUUAGUUUUAAAAUGUAUUAAUAAUUCAUAUACAAUAUUAUUGAAUGUUAAAUAAAACAGUUUAUUUGUAAACAGUAGUAUUUAAAAAAAUAAUAAAGUAAAAACAAAAUUAUUAAAUGGUUAAUACUCGUAAAUAAAUAAGUAUAUGAAUAAAUAAAUAAAUGCGUCACCUAGAGUAUUAUGAUAUAAGUAUUGUACGACCGGUUUCGAAUCAAAAAUUAAUAUUAAAGUUAAUAUAACAAUAAUACAAAUAAUGUAAAAAUUGCUUUAAGACUAAUAAUAAUUUAAUCAAACAUAUAAACAAUAGAACUAAAAACUUUACAAAAAAAUCAUUCAUUUGAAAAUGCUGGUAUGCAUAAACUUAGAUGUAACUGUAAUAAAUUUAAUAACGACAGCCGUCGUUGUGAUCGUCACCUCUAUAUUAUUCUAUGAUUGUAAUAUAUAGUUUUCAAAAAAAAUGAUAAGAAAUCGUAGCCAUAACGAUCAGCACGAAUACCAACGUUAAGUAAAAAGGUUGAAUUAAAAAUGUAAUUAGCCCAACAACGCAGAAAAAAAUUCAAAUUGAAUCGAAAAAAGUCCAGUUAAAAAAUCCCAUUAAGAACAUCCCGAUAAAAAAGUCCCAUACUAGGAAAAAUGUCCCACACUAGGAAAGUCAAGACUACCGACUACUUUAGCGCUACCGGUGAUUUUAUUUUGCUUCAUAAAUACAAUGGUGAUAAUAAUAUUUUAUUUAUUAUUAUAUUAUUUGCCUUCAAAAUAAUAUUAAUUGUUUAAAAAUGCAUGCGAUUAUUACAACCUAAUGUGUAUUUAUUAUUAAAACAAUUUUAUUAAUACAUUUGAAUAAUGAAUAUGCGUAACUGUAUAUGUAAUAAAUGGUUUCACGUUUUAACUAAGAGCUUACAAAUUUAAUCAAAUAGCAUUUUAAAUUGAAGAUCUGCAUUGCAACCAUACAGUGAUGAUAAUGAUACUCUAUGAUAACUGUCGCAUAAAUAUCACUUACCUAAUAAUAUUACGCAAAAAUUAUGAAAUGUUGUAUACAUAAUUUUGUAUAAAACCAAUACUACCCUCAAAUUCGAAAAUGAAAUAUGAUGGAAGCAGCUGAGAAUUGAUACCGCUGACUGCAAGUUUUUAUUCAAGGUCAGGUAUCAUUGUAUUAUUAGUCUACGACUGCUUUUUCUACCACAUUUAAUUUUUUAUGUUACAUAUUAUUUCUGCAUACUUUAUUCACUUUUUCUGCAGCUAGGUUUUUUGGUUUUUUAGUACAUUUAAGUAUUAAGUACCUAUGUUUCACUUUGUCUUUUUAAAAUAUUCAUUAAACCUAAAAUAUUUGAUGUAAUUAAACUAGGUGGGUACUAAAAAUUAUAAUUAUAAACAAUUUUAACGAGUAUUUAAAAUAACAUCAAAACACUUUUAAAAGACCACACAAUAGCUUUUAUUAGAUAUAAUAUUUCCAAGAUAUUAGAAAUGGUUAAUAAAAAAUAAACACCAUUAUGGAUUAAAAUAAUAAUGCAAUUAUUGAUCAGAAAUAAACAACAAAAAAUAAAAAAAACACAGAUUUUACUUAAUAGUAUAAGCAAAAUAUUAAUUUUCGUUAAACUGAAAUUUGCACAAAUAAUUUAUAUUAAUAAUAAUUUUAGGCAUACAAUAUUAAUAUUGUAGGAUAAAUAAUGACUCAUUAUUAUGCCCCCACAUUGUACAAAAACUACAAAAAUAUGAUAAAAUUACUUAAAAAUGUUGAACAAUGAUGUUAAAAAUAAAAAAAUGCAUUUAUAUCUAAAAAUUACUAAAAAUGCAAAAAAAUACAAAAUAAAAUUUGAAUAUUCUGAAUGAAUGAAACAUGAAACAAAUUUUCAGCUAAGAUAACAUUGUACAGAAUCAAAGGAAAAAAAACUCAAAAUUCAUAAACAUCCUAACUCUAAUAAUGAGCAAUAAUGAGCAUCUAUACAGUUAAUAGUUAAUAAGGUAAAUAAAUAUAUAAAAAAUAUAUGCAGUUAUUAAGAAUAAUCAUUAUUAUUCUUAAAUACAUUAAAAUAAAACUAAAAACCUUUUAACAAAAAUGUAUAGGAAAAAAAACCAUUGAAUUGUUAGUUAUUAUUUUGUAUUUGCUACAACUUGCUAAACACCAACAGGCACAGAACACUUCUAGAGUAGAUCAGCCACAUUUUGUGGCAGCUUGAUCAUGUGAAUGUUAUAAAACGUUUCCAUACCUUUUAGAAUAGAUUUCUUCUCAUAUUCAGUGAUGAAUAACAACACCACUAUGACCAAAACAGCUAGAACGUCCAAUCCUUUUAUUGUAAAUCUCAUAACUGGAUAGAAAUUCAUAGUUGAUAACUAGUGGUACACGUUGAAUAAUAAUGUUCACACACAAAAAGUCUGUAGUAAUUAACAAAUGACAAGACCUAGAACGAAACAAUUCUACCUCACAUUAAAGCUUGUCCAUAUUUUCGUAUAUACUGUGAAUGAUUUAUAUUUCAUUUCACAAGUUCAACUCAAAACCAUAUCCUUUGAGUUACAAAAUAGCACAGCCUGGGUAACACUAACCUUAAAAAAAAAUUCAUACAAAAUGCAUGCUUUCCAUAUUUCCUUGAUUAUUGGGAUAUUAUAAUGUUGAACAUCUGAUUAAACAAAAAUGUAUACAAAUUGAGUAAUAAAAUACCAUACAUAGGAAUAAUAGUAUAAUAUAAUUGUUAUAUUACAAAAUUUGUAAAUAUUAUCACAUUUACUAAUUGUACAUUUUUAGAUUUGGAGCAAAGGGAGUGAUCUAUUUUUUAUAUAGUUUGUAAUAUGUUAUAAUAUAUUUAAAACUAUAUCCAAAAUGCAACAAAAAAAGGAUAGUUAUUUUUUUGAUUGAAACAGUAUUAGUGAUGGAAUCUUGAAUUUUGCAGUCACACAAAUCAACAUUUUUUAAAGUUUGUGUGUAUAAUUGGAGCUUUCCUACUAACAAAAAAAAAGGUUUUCCAAAAAAAUAAAAAUAACAAAGGGGUGAAUUAUUUAAAAAAAGAAAAAGUACACAUAUAUAAACUGAUGACUUAUUUAUUUAAAUUAUCAACGAAUCAAGGGCUAGGAGUACAGAAUAAACAAUAACCAUAAAAGAUAAAAAAUACAAUAAUUAGAGAUACAAUUUACUUAGCAUAGAUGGUAAAGAAUUGAAAAAUAAAUCAACAUCAGACAAAUUAUUAAUACAGUGCAUAGCGCGAUCAAGAAGACUUGCAAAACCAAUAUUUGUUGAAUGGAAUUUAACAUUAAAAGUAGAAUUGUGCCUUGAAUUAAAAAAAAGAACAGAUAAGGAUAGUCGUGAUAAUAAAUCAGGAAAGUCAAUUAAUCCAUGUAAUAAUUUGUAAACAAACGAGAUUUCACAUUCUCUUUGUAUAUCAGCAAACAAUUUAAAAGCCACAGUUCCAUCACAUCGAAAUGAAAAUAUUCUUAUAUAGUUAUUGUUAAUUUUGUUUAAUCAUUCAAUACAUGUUGGUUGAUGAGGUUAACAAAGAUGUAUUCUAGUGAUAGGCAGAUAGUUUUGAAAACUAUCGAAUGAAUUAGUCGAUAGUUUUCAUUUAAUAGUAGCACCAACUGGUUUAGUUUAUCGAUAGUUUAAAGACAACCAAGAACUUUUUCAACAGAAUAGAUAAUGUCGAUAUUCAAUAGUUUUUAAAAAAACAACAGAGUAAAUAGAUAGUUUUACUCGGUAGUGCCCAUCACUAAUACAGAUUCAAUAAUAGAAUGUACAAGUGAAAUAUAGAGAGAAUUUAAGGCAUAAAUAUCUGUAAAAUCACGGGUAUUACACGUAAUAAGAAUCCAAGUAUUUUUGAAGCUUUAUUACUAAUAUAAUCAGCGUGUUCAGAGAAUAAUAAAUUAGAAGAGUAAAUUACACCUAAGUCGUAUAAAGUCUGAAUAAGAUGAAUAAGGUCUGUACUAAAAUAAAAUCACAAUUAAAAAUUGAAACUUGGUGGCUAUGAGUAAUCAAAAAACGAAAAAACAUGUAGAAAUUAUUUGUCCUCAGUUUUAUAAUUAUUAAGUCAACAUGUCAAUACGGGUACUGCACUGUUACCUUUCACCCCACAAACAGUGAUGAGAUAACAGUAACAGUAUGACGCAUAUUUGAUAUUUAUUUUUUAGAAAUCUAUGAACUUGAAAUUAUAUGCUAUAUGCCUGUAUAGCAUUCUGCAUUGGUGAAAUUAAUUUGUUCUGAUCAUUUACAAGCUAUUUAAAGAAAAUAUAUGAAUCUUCUUAUAGCCCAAAUUAACGAGUAAACGUGUUGGACUGAUUUUUUGUUUAGAAUCAUCUAACGCCUGUUGUAACUGGGGAGGGACUAUUUGGAAAACUGGAAGAAAUAAACUUGUCUUUUUUAACACAUGAUAGAUUAAUGAAAGCCAAUCAAGGAAAACCAUAUUCUGACGAUAUGGUUGAUUCUUUGAAAAUAUGGAUUCCUCAGAUUAAUCAAAAUGGAUUAAUAAUUGAAUAUACUGUUUUCUAAAAAAAAAUUGUAGAAUUCCAAUUUCAAAUUAAUCUAGAAAAAGUACACGAUUACACUGAACUAAAUUUUUUCAACGAUAAUGAAUAUGAAUCUGAUAUUGAAAAUCAUGAAUUCAAAAAACCAACAAAAACAGUUCUAAAAAAAUAUAUAUAUAAAGGAAAAGGAAAUAACUGAACUGAGUAGAUUAUUAUUAAACAUAAUUCAUAAUAUAUUUAUUACUGUACAGCAAUAAUAUUCGAAUAUUGUUUAUACUGAUGAUAUGGCUAUUUCAAUUACUUUUUCAAUUAUGAUGUAUCUUAUGAGAUAGAUGUAACAUCAUGUUACAUCAUAACAUCUUAUGAGUUGUCAUGUGGGAUACCGCAUACAUUGUUGACUACCAUAAUAAUGAGUAUUACCUACUAAUUAUUUACUAAAUAUCUUAACCCCAGUUUCUAAUGAAACCCAGAACUUACCCACUCACCUACCUAAUAACCAAUAGGGGUAACUCACCACGGCAUUGCGUCCGCCACAUAUUAAAUGGUUAUCCCGGGAUUUUCGUUGAAAUUAUUAUUAUAUUUGUCCUAAUAUUUUAUCGCGUCUAGAACAUUCAUGAAUAACUGGUUCCCUAUAAACAAUGUCCCACGAAGAUAUACCCAUUGCAAUAUCUCCCGAGAUAAUAAAGAUAAUCAAAUGCUGUUCUUUUUUUUUUGUUUUUAUAUAACUCGCAGGGAUAAAGACUCCCAAGUUUUUAUAUUUGAAUUACAUAUGAAUUUUUUAAUUUUUGGUAAAAAUAAUAAGAAAAUAACUUUUUAUUUUAUUAUUUUCGAAAAAUUUGAAGAUCACUAUUUUAUUUUAGGUACUUCUAAAAACUUUGACAUUUUAAAUUUUUAUUUUCAUUAAAUUCAUGAUUCUAAAUAAUUUGUUGAGUUCUGAUAUAAUUCCUGUAAUUACACAGAAAGCUGUAAUCGAAUACUUUAAUUGAUUAUUAUUAUUAUUAUGGCCAAUUGAUUGUACAAAAAAUGAUUAAACAUUAUUAUAAAUCACGAAUUUAAUGAAAAUAAAAAGUUAAUAUGUCAAAAUCUUCAAGUUUUUCAAAAAUAAUAAAACAAAACGUUGUUUUUGAAGUUUUUUACCAAAAUAUAAAAAAAUUGAAAUAUAAAUAUUUGUAGUCCUUAUUGGCACUGCGAGUAAAAUAAAAAAAAACAGAAUUUUAUUUUAUUUAUUAUCUCCGAGAUAUUUCAACAGGUAUAUCUUCGUGAAUAUAGAGUUUUUUUUCUUUUUAAUAUUAUUAACUAAUUAAAAUUGAUACUAAGAUUCUUAUAAAAUAAAAUUCUACAUUACACUCAAUUCUUUUUAGAUUCUGAGUGGAGCAAUGAAGCUUAUGAUUUUAUAAAGAUUUUUUUUUGUUAAUCUGUGGACAACUUUUCUACCAAAAAUCUUGUUCCAAUUUUUAAGUGUAGCACUUUUUCUGAAAGGAAAUCGGACUGAGAUCAUUUUUUAAUUAUAGACAAAUUAGAAAACCCGGGAAAAACAUGGUAAACCCGGGAAAACCGUAGGAAAACUGAAAAAAAAGGUACAAUAUUAAACAAUUAUUAUUAAAGAAAAUAAUGUAUAUAUAUUGACAAAGCAACAUUAUCUGGUAUUGAACUCCGUUUAGAAUCGUUUUUUCGUUAGCAAUAGUUUAUCGUUGCUUACAGUUUACAGAUAUACAUUAAAGAGAUAAUGAGUACCCACUUAAAAUAGUUGUUACUUUAGCGGCUUAUUGGGAAUUUUUCGAUAGCACGAUUCAUCCCUACCGAAUACUAAUUCCAAUGUAAAUUUUGGCAUUGCAGCAGUGAAUUUCAAAGCUCCACCGUUUUGGCAUGUGAAUUUGGAACUUCAGUUUAAACAAGUGAAAGCACAGUUUGCAACUUCAAAAGCGACGCUAGACAGUUUCAUCACAUUGAAGCUGUGA